AAAGGAGGAAAGAUGCGCGAAACAGAUUUGCUUAAUCUGAUUGAGUUAUUGAUGAAUCAAUUGCUUAAAUUGGAUGGUAUAGUGGUUAAUGGGGAUGUGAAACUAUAUAGGAAAAUCCAAGUAAAAAUAAUUCAAAAGUAUGUUGAAACACUUGAUGUGUUGAAGGUUAAGAAUUCUAUGCCUAGUAGCAAUGGAGACCAUGCCACAGUGCAGCUUCAACAAAAGCAUUCAAAUGGGCAACAACAAAAGUAUUUAAAUGGACAUCAUAGAUCAGCCUUAGCACCAAUUCAAGAGCAGCAACAAGAACAAGAACAACCCUCAAGGAAUUCCACCUCAGGAGUUGUAGUUACCACAAAUUGGGAAUUGUUUGAUUCUGUCCCACCAUUAAUCCCUGUGCCAUCCACAUCCCCAUCCCCACAUCCCUCAGAGACCAAUAAAUCUGGUCCUCCCAAGUUCAAUUGGGAAUUCUUCAACUAAGUACCAUACCAUGUGUGGAUAUGAUUUGGGUUUGUCUUCCACUUGGAGUGUUAUAUGUUUUGCAUUCUUUUUUGUA